AUGUCUUUUAGUUCCUCCAUAAUAUUAGGGAGCUUGCAGGAGUCGAUUGAAUAAACAAGGUGGAUCAAUGUCGUGUUUUGUGAAAUUUUGAACUAUGUCGUCGCAGGACGGUGUUUCUAAUACAUUACAACGUUUUGUUCACGGUUAUCAAUGCGCCUAGAGCUUAUAUGUGUAGCUUAACAACGGCUUACAGACCGUCACUUCAUUAGAGGAAAAAACAAUUGAGGUCUAGCUGGCUGGCUAGUUUAGCAGGAGAGCUGUUGUUUACAUAAUUCGGCAGUAAGGUGAGAUAGUUCUCCACGUGGAGGAGGAAUCAAACGGACAUUUGGAGAGCAUGGCAGAGCUACACAUUGAAGCGAACGCGGGCGGCCUCAUGGAGCAAAGCGAGCACCGGGAGACCCGCGGCUCAGUUAGCAUGCGCCUGCCGUCGCCCAGCUUCGUUCUUCCAUCUCGGAGCGGUUCUGCCAGCCCGGGCCUGUCUGCGUCCAGAGCCGUGUUCGGCUUCCCGAUGAAGAGCAGCCCUACAUCCCCAUCAGAGUCCACAGAGAAACCAGGAUCGCGGUGGGUCCGGCUGAAUGUCGGGGGCACCUAUUUCAUCACAACCAAACAAACCUUAUGCAGGGAUCCCAAAUCCUUCCUGUACCGACUCUGUCAGGAAGAUCCUGAUCUGGACUCCGAUAAGGAUGAGACAGGAGCUUAUUUGAUUGACAGAGACCCCACAUACUUUGGACCCAUCUUGAAUUAUCUGAGACACGGGAAGCUGAUCAUCAACAAGAACCUCGCAGAAGAGGGUGUUCUAGAGGAAGCUGAAUUCUACAACAUUGCGUCAUUGGUGAGGCUGGUAAAGGAGAGGAUACGAGACAAUGAGAACAGGACGUCUCAGGGUCCAGUGAAACAUGUGUAUCGUGUGCUUCAGUGCCAAGAAGAGGAACUCACUCAGAUGGUCUCCACAAUGUCUGAUGGGUGGAAGUUUGAGCAGCUUAUAAGCAUUGGCUCCUCUUACAACUACGGAAAUGAGGACCAAGCAGAGUUUCUGUGUGUGGUUUCCCGGGAACUCAACAAUUCCACUAACGGGAUUGUUAUCGAGCCAACUGAGAAGGCUAAGAUCCUUCAGGAGAGAGGUUCCCGGAUGUGAGGAGACCUUCUUAGCUGUGCUGACACAGAUCCCCGUACCCCACCCUCUCCCGUCCUCCCCUCUAGUCUCCCUUCUUUAACCAUACAGCUGACUCCAUCAGCUCACAUGGCUGCCCUUCCUCUCUAUCACCCUCCUCCCUUGUGCCUUUCCACAGUGGGGGUGUGUCCCCCCUCCCUGCAGUGCUGCAACAUCACCCAUCCUGCAUCAUCACUUGAGGUCACUGCUGUUAUCAAAAAGUACAACAAAAAAAAAUGCUACAAAGCUAGUUGAUGCGUGAUGAUGCGGGACUCACCAUGAUGACUAGGGAGGAGUCCAAGUAAGAUUUUCGAGGUCUGUCACUACAACAACUUAUGUAGUCAUCCACAAUGCCUCGGAACUUGAUCGUUAUUCGCCUUCAUAUCCUUGUCAUAAUCACCUAUAAACUACAUCAUUGCUGGCAUGCUAGUUACAAGGAAUGCCUGUGCCCUGGUCAGCUAGGCUGUGUUUUCAUCGUCAGAAUUUCCUCAGGACUUCCAGGGGUGCAAAAAACCGUAGACAAGACAGAAUUAUUUGCCCCCCCUACACCCUUCUCAUAGCAAGCACAUUGACUCACUGUGUAAAACUGAGGGAGUGGAUGAGUGAAAUAUCAGCAGCAACACUCACUCGUUAUCAUUUCAGUGUCUAGCACAGCCUAGCUUGGCCUUUGAACAUGCAGAGCCAUUUAUUUCAGUUUGUAAUGUACGUUAUAAUUUCUCUGUUUUCAUUUGACCCACCCGAGGUCCUUGACAGGUAUCGGAUGUUCCAGGCCAUACUGGAGGUGUUCAUUCACCCCUCCAAACAUGGACACAUCAAAAAGAAACAUGCAAUGUUGGGGACAUGUAAAGAUCAUGAACAUGGUUGUAGUACAAUAGAGGUUGUUGCGAAAGUUGUUUUGUGUUUCAUAAUAGUCGCAUUAGACUGAGGAAGUGCAUGAAACAGCUCAUGCUCCUACAAUGUCCAGUGCCUUGUCACUUGUUUGUAUGUAAAUUUUCGUGUUGUGUUCUCCCUCUGGCUGUUUGUGUUCGUGUGACUGGAAAACUGGACACUCCAUAGUCUUAUUUCACACCAUUAUUCAUGAAUCGCUUUUUCUUUACAUAAGUGCGUCACUUCUUUGUCUUUUCACAAAUGAGCUCCACGAGACUGUUGAUAGACAACGUGCCCAAAUGAUGUUUGGCACGGCAGAACUCUGUUCUGUAAUAUGAUUGUUCCUUUUUUUCUUUUUUUUUUUGACUUAGUAAGUUCCUCUCUAGCACUCCAUAGAACUCUAUCUCUAACUCUAUUUUGGCUGUUUAACUGUUUCUAUCUCAUAUUUAAAAAGAAAAACGCUAGAUAAGUUAUAGUGAAAUAGCAGUGAAUGUCAAGGGCUCUAUUUUACAUGGAUUGAGAUGCUUGCCCUCAUGUCAAAAAUCUAUCGUAUUACUUCAGGUAAACUGUCUUUCUUUCGUAUUUUGACAUCCGAGCCAGUAUUUGGUCCUGUUUUACACUGAAUUGCCCUCAUUGUUUAAUAUUUAGCCUCUUAAGACUAGCUUUCCAAAUCAAAUUCCACACCCUUAAAAGUUAUUUGCUAGGAACGAGUGUGCUUCACGAGCUUCUGACAGUAUUUUAAUAUAAGAUUGUUCAGUAUCACAUAGAAUGUAAAACUGCAUGUUUUGAUGUUUGUUAUUCAUGUCCAUUGUAAAGCAGCUGAUGGCUGUCACAGGCAGCAUGUCAAUGUGAAAUGUUUGGUCUUCAAGUGCACAUCUAAACGCACAAAUCAUAUUUUUUUUUUUUUUGUUCCCCGGCUUUAAAAUGUGAAGCAAAUGAAAAGGGGUUGCCAAAAACAUGCUCCAUAAACUUUCACUCUGAUUUUUACAAAGCAGAUUUUUGUCAGAGGCAGAAUUGUAAUGCAAUUUCAGUUAGUCCAGUAGAAAGGUAUAUGGACACUAAGAAUUCGGCUCGAUUUGCACUCCUAACUGAGUAAUCGGAGAUGAUGAAAUGCAUCUCUUGGAGUGCUGCUUUUGUUCAGCCACAAUUGUUUAUUAUUGAACUUUUCAUAUUGGUCUUCUGAGCUAUAGAUGUCCCCACUACAGGAAAGAUCUAUUACAGUGUGUUUGUUUAAUAAGUCCUAAUAAUGCAAAAUAAUAGGAGUGGGUGGGUUGGGGGUGGGGGUCUGUGUCUGUUUUUGAUCAUAUAUGAUCGUCCAGGCAAAAAUCAGCUAUACUACACACAGAUGUCCUUUGUACCACUAUCAGUGUCAAACAUUGUGCGCAGCAUUUCUUAAGAUUUUCCCUUCAUACAGGGCUCUUAAUGGUCCUUUGUUUCAGAUGCUGUAUGUAUUUAGUAUUUUCGGCUUUUCACAUCAUUGUGCCAGUGUAACUGGUCUUUUUACUCACAUCCACAUUUUGUUUGCACCCUUAAUCUUUUACAUGCACUUUAAUUAUGUCCGUGUCUUACACUUUUCUGUUAAACAGCAGACACGUGGAGAAAUGUCAUGCCGGUACACUUUACUUCAGUUACGUCACGUUUCUGUAAUUAAUGGGAAGAUAUUGUAAGAUUUAUGUAUCAUAGAGACAUUGGAGCAUAUAGGCCAACUGAAUUAUAGAUUUAUUUAACAUGUUCAUUUUCCUUUCCCAUUUCUUUUCUUUUCUUUUCUUUUUUUUUGUCAAAACGGCAAAAAGAUGUUUUCUGUAGAAGAAAAAAAAAAAACUUUGCCAAGGUUAUUUAGUGUUUUGUCAAUCUGUGGGGAGGGAUGGGGACUGUGUUUUUUGGUAUGUGAACUUGAAAGCAUGCAUUGUAUUAGAGUAUAUCAUAUUCUAUACUGGGACUUUGUCUAGCCUUGUGGUAGUAUAGGGGUAAAGUGGUGCAUGGACAGUUUUUCAGAGAGUCUGGAUGCCAUGUGCAAGGGAAAACUUUCAGACGGUCAGUCCGCAACUCCUGUUUAUUGUGUUUUCUUUUUGUUUUGUCCAAACUGGAUAAAAUGUCAAGCCCUAAAUGGACAUUUAAAAGGUUACCCUGUUGGUCAGGAUUGCAGACCUGUUGUAUUUGUUCACAUUAAAGUCUGCCACAAUAUUCUGCAUCACCUGCAUGCAUGGAUAAACAAUACAUACACACACACACGUGUGCAUGUGGGCACACGAUACCAGUAACGGCAUUUAAACUUGUAUUGCAAACCUGCUCCUUACACCAGAUGUUUUGAAUGUGUUAAGUUAUCGACUGUAUUGAUGUCAUGUGUGACCUUUUGUCUAAACAAAGUUUGUGGAGCUAAGUGUUCUGGAAAUGAAUAGUCUUGGUCAGAUUGUCUUUUAAUAUAUAAAUAUAUAUACAUAUAAAAAUGUUUUUUUUGUUUGUUUUUUAUGUCACCUGAUGCAGUUUCUUUCAAUGUACAGAUUGCAAUGAGGAAAAAAAAAGAGAGGAAAAUGUCCGAUUUUUAUCAUAAAAUGUAUUUGUGUUCAAAAUGUUGUUGUAGUUCUCAUUUUCUCACAGAACUUUGUUGCAAUUGUUUACCAGAAAACUGAGCAUGUAUGUACACCGUAUCUGAAUAAUAAAACAACAUGUUUUACAGAAGCAGAAAGGCAAAA